GUAGACUUUUGUUUUGUAGGUACCAAGCCAAGACAUGCAAUAAACAAGGCAUUUUUCACAUUUUUGACUGAUGAAAUCGAUUUCCCUACUGGGUAAAUCGAUUUCCCUGCAGCAAUCUUCACCAAAAUCACAUUCUGGACAGCAUGAAAUCGAUUUCCCUCCUGGGUAAAUCGAUUUCCCUAGUGUAUUUUGCGCCAAUUUCUCUUCUGGAACAGAGUGAAAUCGAUUUCCUUCCUGGGUAAAUCGAUUUCCUUCAGGCAAAAUUCAAAAAAUAUAAGGAGGGAAGCUUGACAUCAUUUUGGCACCUUUUUCUUUGAUCAUUUUACCAAUUUUCCACCUCAUCAAAAUUAACUCCUUCAUUAAACCCACUUAAACCUCAUUUUACCUUUUCUUACCAUUUAAACACCACUUUAAUCAUCAAUUAAACACAAGCUAAUUACCAAAGGCCAAAUGACCAAAUUGCCACUACUCUUGCUCCAAUUCUAUAAAUAGAGGCCUUGCCUCUCUCAUUUCUCAAGCUUUGAGAGCCAACAAAUCCCUUGCAAUUUCUCUCCUCAUCCCUACCAAAUUCACCAAAGCUCUUUUUCUUUCAUAAAGUUUGUGAGUCACAUCUUGAACCUCACAAACUUUGAGCUAAGCCACCAUCCAUUUCACUCUUUUUUCUUCAAUUGUUGAGAGAUCAAGAUUUGUGUUGGUGAUUCUUGAAGUAGAUCCAAGUUUGUGCAAGAUUUGUGCAACGCUCGUGCUAAGAAGAAAUGGAAAGUAUCAAACAAGAGAUUCUUGAACUCCGCAAAGAGGUGGUUACUUUGAAGGCUGGUAUGGAGCAUCUGACUGCUCUGGUUGAGGCUCUAGUUGCUGCCCAAGUCAAUCCUCCUAUGAUGGAAGAAAGGAUGGCAAAGGUCUUUCUUGAAACUCUGAACUCGUUCUUUCCCAAGGGGACAGUAGUCAGUACACCUGCUGACUUCCACAGAGAGGUGGGUAUGAAAGCGCUUCUAGAAAAGGAUGUCCGAAAGGAAUGUUUGUUUGAAGAAGGUAACUCAGCUGGUAGUGUGAAGAAGUUUGGUAAUGACUUUUCAAAGAAGAGAAUCAGGGGAGGAAACAAUCAUCAUCAACAUCAUCAUGUUUCCUAUAUCAUUCCUGUAUCCAAUUCAAUUCAUGCAACUCCAGAUUAUCAGCAAAGUACUCGUCAACAAGCUCCUCCACUGAAUGAGCAAAAUCAAUCUCGAAAGCCUAAUUUUGAUCCUAUCCCUAUGACCUACACAGAAUUGUUCCCUGCUCUAAUUCAUAAGAAUUUGGUUCAGACAAGGUCACCACCUCCAAUUCCAGAGAAGAUUCCAUGGUGGUACAAUGCUGAUGUUACUUGCGCUUUUCAUCAGGAUGCUCCCGGACACAGUUUAGAAGAUUGUUGGGCUCUAAAGGUUGAAGUUCAAAGAUUGACUCGUGCUGGUAUUUUGUCUUUCCGAGACAUUGGCCCUGAUGUUCAAGCCAAUUCUUUGCCAAAGCAUGAAUGAAUCACUAUUGAUGGUAGCCUGAAGUUUGAAAGAUGUUUCCUUCAGCACAAACCCAGAUGGAGAAAGCCUUCUCAGUUUUUUUAGUAUUCUUACUGAUUUUCAUUUGUAAUAUUACUUGUUUUUCAAAUGCAUUGUUUGCAUGUAGAAACUUGUUUAUUUUUGAAUGUUAAUGCUAAUGCAACAAUAAUGUUUGUCUUGAAGUAAUCCAUUCGUUUCA